CUUGCUGGACGAAAAAAGGGAUUCGUGUAGAAGAGGAAUGGGCAAAAAAAUAGUUACCCUUCCACUAGCGCCGUUAGCGGAGAAAUUACGAAACACAACUACUAUCCUACGCAGAGGAUGCAGUUUAUGGUGUUCCUGAUAGCUCCUGCGCAGGUAUAGUUGUCGUGUUUCACAGGCUCUUCGAUGGUGGCGCUAGUAGUAUUACAGACAACAAUUUUUUGGUUACGUUUUUAGUAAUGUAUCAACUUAUAAGCGAGUUCUACCAUACUUGAUCCUCUAUUGCCAUACUUGACCCUAAACUAUGGUCUGUGGAACAGCUGUGUUCAAUAAUGGACGACAAAACACACCGGAAGAAUAACCGAUCGUCUUUCUUGAAUUUUUACAGUAAUAUCUACUCAAGAAUAAAUCUUGAGAUCAAAAAGUAGAGCAUCAUGCAUGUGCCUAGAAGCGUUUUCAUAACGUUCUCAUCCUCCACGGAGACUCCGACGCUGUUUUCGCAAGGCUACUCUGGUAUCUCGAUUGCAAAAACCUGGGUUCUCGCCCACGGCUCCAUAUUGGCCUCCAUUUUGCAACGAUCCAGCAACCUCCACGACUUUGUGGCCACCCUAGAUCCAGGGGAACUAACGACGCUUCGAACGUUGGAGUCCAUCGACGAUUUGACCUUCCUGAUCCAUCGUAGCGGUUCACCAACCGUGUCGGGAAAACUAUCAGCCGUUUGGAAAUGUCCACUUUUGAAGGACACGUUGGAGGACUCGUUCGAAAGUUGGAGGUUUCAAGACGAGCACAGGUUCGAUCGUCUCUUGCUACCGAUCUUCCUGCUGAUCGAGUGCGAACAGGGACUGGUAUCCGAGUUCCUCGAGGGCGAAGAAGACAGGGAAUUGGAGGUGAAAAGGAGGAUCGACGAAACCUUGCACGCGUUCGCGAAAGAAACGACUGUCCGCAGGCCUGUUAAAGGAUCCACCGUCGAGAUCGUUUCCACGCCUUUUGGGAACGCUUUCUUCGCCGACACUGUCAGCCGUGGAAUCGUUGGGAAUUUACUGGGAGUCGAGGAAUGCCUCAUCCUGAUGGACGCGACUGUCUUCCCAGGAUGCGAGGGUGGUCCUGUGUACCUGGUCAACAACCGCGGCCGUAAAAGUAUCUGCGGCAUGGUAAUCGCGUCGUUGAGCUGGUGCCGUGGAGAAUGGGUCGACUAUACUUUCGCAGUGAAUUUGCUACCGUCGUUGAAGCAGAUCGUUCAGAGCCGAGUCAUACGAGAUGAAUCUCGAUGUUUGGCCUCUGCGGUUCUCCCUUUCACCCGGCGGAAUAAUCGCAACGGCGAAAUCGAUACCCUUGAAAGAAGCGUCGUGAUAGUGAGGUGCGGACCAAAUUGGGGCACAGGCAUCCUCGUCGACGAACGGACAGGAACUUUCAUAACUUGUGCUCACGUCGUCUCCAAAGAGCAAGAGCGAACGAUCGAGCUUGCGACAUACAUCAAGUCAGGAAAAGGUAAAUCCGAGUGGUUUGCACGGGCGAAGUUGGUCUACAAAACGCCAGACAACAGGCCUUACGAUAUCGCCGUGUUGAGGAUCGACUCGAGGAGCAAACAGCCCCCGUUGAAGGCCAUCAACUUGGCCAGUGGGCCUGCGAAUAAGGGCGAGCAAAUACUCUCGAUCGGAUUUCCAUUCUCUUCGAGAGGCAGAGCCACCGUCAGCAACGGGGUGGUGUCGAAUGCAUCGGAUUUCAUGCUCCAAGCGAACUGUUGCGCCCAAAGCGGGGCUAGCGGCGGGCCCAUCGUGCGACGAGCUACCUUCGAGAUGCUGGGGAUGAUCGUCUGCACCACCGUUUCCUCGAACGGUUCCACCUUGUAUCCGCGGCUGUGCAUGGCGAUACCUAUUACCGUUUUGAAGGAGCCAUUGAACAACUAUUUACGAACCGCUGAUCCUAAAACGCUCGAAAGGCUAACGCAGCACGACGUAAAUAUUGAAGCAACGUGGAACCUCCGUCCUUUUCUUUCUUCGCAUAUGUGACAUAUAUAUUUCAAGUAUCUACUCUAAUCUGUUCAUUCGUA